UUUGGGAGUCUGGAAAGAGGACUAGAUAAAGUCAUUACAAUGUUGACACCAAGCAAGCGUAAAGGUUGUACAAGAGAUGGACCCAGAAAACUCAGGGCCCAUUAUAACGUAACAAUGACCACUUUACUGAAUCCUGACCAUAUACUCAAUGAGCUGACCAGAGUUCUUCCAAUGAAGAAUGUGGAUUAUGUCCAGAAGGGGUAUACCCUAAAAUGCAAAACACAGUCUGACUUUGGAAAAGUUACCAUGCAGUUUGAACUGGAGGUGUGCCAGCUGAACAAGCCGGAUGUAGUGGGGAUUAGAAGACAACGUCUUAAAGGAGAUGCUUGGGUUUACAAGAGACUUGUGGAAGACAUUUUAUCGAGCUGCAGGAUGUAA